AUGAGCUUGAAAGAAGUAUUCGAACAACAUCCAUGGAGGUCAUUUAAGAAGUUCAAUGAAGCUGCAAAGAGUUGGGGAUUUACUAACAGAGCUGAAGUGAAAAGGUUCUUUGACAAAAAUGUUGUACAUCAAACAAAAAUAAACCCUUACGACUACUUUUUACCAAUUUACUCCAACACUCCUGACGCAUACCAAUUUGACACUCUCAUUCAAAGCAGAAAAGGAGGACAUAAACCAUUCCUCAUCUUCAUUAAUGUUAACACUCGUAAAGCAUAUGCAUAUAUAAUGAAAAAUAAAGGAACUCGUGAAGUGUUAAGAGUUUUACAAAAGUUUGUAGCAGAACAUAGCCCAAGUACUUUAACAUCAGACCAAGACAGUGCAUACCUCAGCAAUGAAAUCACAGAUUUUCUCAUUAAGCAUAACAUAACUCACUACACUACUGAAGACCAUAACCAUAACAUACUCGGCAUCAUAAACCGCUUCAUAAGAACGCUCAGAGAUUUAAAUCAAGAGCGAGACUUUACCGAAGAAACAAUGAAACAUUUUCUCGAAGUAUAUAAUUCCUCAACACAUUCUACAACAGGACAUACACCAAAUUCAAUGACACAACAACAAGAAGAAAA